AGGAACUGCAGUUAUCCUUCAGCUCUCAGAGUUGUGGCUCAUGCUUGGUUGUCAAGAAUUAUAUUGUGAGCGCAUUCCAUUAUUUCAUGGCAGGUUCUCUUUGGUUUCUCAUUACUUUACCCUAUAUGGCAGGACAUGGGCAGGAACUGCGGUUACCCCUUCAGCUCUUUUGAGAGUUAUUGGUUCAUGA